AUGGACUCGUCAAAUGGGGGCACACCUCUGCCAGAGGAGUUGAGCAAAUAUCCGGAGGGGCUUGUACUUCCUCCAAAAGACAUUCGAGCCAUUGUCGAAAAGACCGCAGGCUACGUUGCCCGCAAUGGAGCUGUCUUUGAAGAUCGCGUCCGCGACAAGGAAAAGAACAACCCUAAAUUCUCUUUCCUCAACCCUGGCGAUCCAUACGAACCUUUCUACCAGUGGCGACUCACCGAGAUCAAAGAAGGCCGAGGUAGCACUGUUGCAGCCGGACGUCCGGGCGAAGCUGUCGCUGCUGCUGAACCCGAGAAGCCCAAAGGUCCUCCCGAGCCACCCGCGUUCUAUUUCUGUGCGCGCAUGCCGGCCAUCAACGCGCAAGAUCUGGAAGUAGUAAUGCUUACCGCGCUGUAUGUCGCGAAGCGUGGGAAGUCAUUUUUGACCGCAUUAUCGCAACGCGAGGCGCGAAAUUUCCAGUUUGAAUUCUUGCGUCCUCAGCACAGUCUAUACCAGUUCUUUACACGACUAGUUGAUCAAUAUACCAUCCUGCUCCGCUCCGAGGGAAUCGACGACGCUACCACCCAAGAAAAGCGAAUUGCGGAUCUGGAGCACAAUGUGAAGGACAAAUUCCAUCUGCUGGAGCGGGCAAAGCAACGGGCCGAGUGGGUAAAGUUUCAGGCGCAACAGAAACAACAGAAAGAGGAGCAAGAAGAAAAGGAGCGAAUCGAGUAUGCUCAGAUUGAUUGGCAUGACUUCGUGGUGGUCGAGACGGUUGUGUUCACUGAGAGUGACGAGCAAGCGGAGCUGCCUCCCCCAACUUCUCUCAAUGAUCUUCAAUCUGCAUCUCUGGAGCAAAAAGCAGCCAUGUCGUUGAAUCCACUUCGUAUCGAAGAGGCGAUGCCGACCGACCUCGACCAACCGACCUACUACAAUGCCUACCCUGCUCAGCUUGAGCCCUCCGCCCCUGCUCCUGCUCCACAACCGUCCGUCUCCCCGUACCCUGCCCAGGCUGCGUCACCAUAUCCACCCCCCACUGGAGACCAUGGCCGGCAAUAUCCCUCUCAGCCGGAGACGGUUCAGGCUCGCACCGAAUCCCCCGCCCCCGUGCCUGGCCAGCCCCCCAUGCGUAUUCGAUCCGACUAUGUGCCCCGCGCCCAGGCUCGUCGCCAACAAGCCGCAGGUCCUACGGCGCUAUGCCCAAAUUGCCACCAACAAAUACCCGUCAACGAGUUGGAACAGCAUAUGCGUAUCGAACUGCUGGAUCCCCGCUGGAAGGAACAGCGUGCCAAGAACGAAUCCCGCAGUGCCACGACCAAUCUGUCCACUGCUGAUGUCGUGAACAAUCUCAAGCGAAUGGCUAGCCAUCGAAGCGAUGUGUUUGACCCCUCUCUGGCACCAGACCCUGAAGAGGAGGCCCGCCGGAAGCGAGUUGCGAUGGGGAGUGACCAGGAAGGCAAUCUCCCCCCGGGGGUGACCGCGCCACCUGGCACGACAAUUGGGCCAGGAGGUGCGCCGAAACCGCCUAACACCAACAUUGAGGAUCAAAUUCGGCAUUUCCACCAGCUAGCGAGGCGAUAG